ACGAAAAGAAGAAUACAAAAAUGAAACGAAAGUAUUAAGAAGAAAAAUAAAAAGUUUUUAAAUUUUUUUUUUAAAAUAAAAACAAAAUUUUUUAGAAAUUGCUGCAAUUUAUAAUAAAUUUUUUCGGUUCUUAUUCUAAAUAAUUGUAAUUAGCUUAUCAAUAAGUUCAAAAUUUACACAUACAAUAUGAAUUGCAAUUGUGGGCGAGAAUAUCUUACCGUCUUUUUGUAAUUCAGUACAUUGGUAUGACUCGACGGGUUAUCAAAAUUUAUGCGUGAAUACUAUAUACAAAAAAAAUUGUAAUAAUUCGAAUGGUGCAUAUUUUAAUAAUUUUGGUACAUAAAUGCUUAAUUUAAAUUAUAUUCAAAUUAACACAAAAAUAAAAAUUAUUUUGUUGAUUUUAUAAUAUUAAAAGAUGGCUAAUAUAGACGAAAUCGCCAUAAAUAGCUUAAAAAAUGAAAAUACUUUUGAUAUGAGUUCAGAGUUGCAAGAAAUGGAUAGUGCUUCUAAAAUCGAUCAAGGAUGUUCUGAUGAUAAUAAUUUGAGUACAGAAAGUCACAAAAUGGACGAGGACGAUAACUGUUGCGAUUCAAGGGCUUUGCUUGGACAUUCAAUUUUAACUGUACGAUUACCUAUAUUAGGUAUGACGUGCCAAUCAUGUGUACGUAAUAUCGAAAGUACUAUAUCAAAAAAAUCUGGAAUACAUAAAAUAAAAGUGAUCCUAAGUGAAAAUGCUGGUUACGUUGAUUAUGAUGCAAAUAUAAUAAAUCCCGCACAAAUAGCUUAUGAAAUAGAGGAAAUGGGCUUUGAUUGUCCUUAUACAAGUAGUAAUGUGACUUCCGUAAAUUGUAGCCCACAGAAGUCUAAUGUUCCAGACAGAUUAACAACAAAAAUCAGUAUUGAAGGGAUGACAUGUAACAGUUGUGUUCGAAAUAUAGAAAAAAAUAUAAGUGGAAAACCAGGAAUAUAUACAAUAAAAGUUAGUUUAGAAGACAAAUUAGGAACUGUGGAAUAUGAUCCCAGUCAUUUAACUGAAUUGGAAAUAGCGGAAAUGAUAGACGAUAUGGGUUUUGAUGCGAAAGUAGCUGAAGAAAUGAAAUCAACUGAAAUCAAUUAUAGAAGUUCUAAUAAAGAAAGACCUAAAAAGAAAUCAGUUUCGGAAUCAUUAGUUAUGAUAGGCGGUGAUUCAGCUGGGGAUUACAAUAAAUUAAAUGGUGAUAAAUUGGGAAAUGGCGUUUUGAUAGGUGUAAAUAAUCAAUUAAAAAAAUGUUUUCUGCAUAUACAAGGUAUGACUUGUGCAAGUUGUGUGGCUGCCAUAGAAAAACAUUGUAAAAAAAUUUAUGGCAUUGAUAGCAUUUUAGUAGCUCUUUUAGCAGCUAAAGCGGAAGUUAAAUAUAAUCCAAAUGUAAUUGCACCAGAAGAUAUAGCACAGUCUAUUACCGAAUUGGGUUUUCCAUCAGAAGUUAUAGUAGAACCUGGAACCGGUGAAGGUGAAGUAGAAAUAGAAAUUUUGGGAAUGACAUGUGCUUCCUGUGUCAAUAAAAUUGAACAACAUUGUCUCAAAAUUAAAGGAGUUUUGUCAGCUGCUGUAGCUUUAACAACAAAACGUGGAAAAUUUCGUUUCAAUUCAGAAUUUACCGGACCUCGAAAUAUUUGUGAAGCUAUACAAUCUUUAGGGUUUGAUGCAAAACUUUUAACAAACAAAGAUAAAAUGUCACAUAGUUAUUUAGAACAUAAAGAAGAAAUUCGUAAAUGGAGAAACUCAUUUGUGAUUUCUUUAUUUUUUGGUGGGCCGUCAAUGGUUGCUAUGAUUUACUUUAUGGUUGAAAUGGAAUUACACGGUCAUGAAGGAAUGUGCUGUGUAGUUCCAGGUUUAUCCACAGAAAAUUUAGUAAUGUUCUUACUUUCAACUCCAGUACAGUUUUUUGGUGGAUGGCAUUUUUACGUGCAAGCGUAUAAGUCACUUAGGCAUGGAUCCACAAAUAUGGAUGUUUUAAUUACAAUGGCUACUAGUAUAAGUUAUAUAUAUUCAGUUUGCGUUGUACUUGCUGCUAUAAUUUUACAACAACAUACAUCACCUCUAACAUUUUUUGAUACACCUCCGAUGCUUUUAAUUUUUAUUUCACUGGGUCGAUGGUUAGAACAUAUAGCUAAGGGAAAAACUUCAGAAGCUUUGUCAAAACUUUUAUCACUCAAAGCCACAGAAGCAGUUUUAGUGACCAUUUCUGAUGAAUUUGAGGUUUUAAGUGAAAAAACAAUUUCUGUAGAUUACGUACAAAGAGGAGAUGUAUUACGUGUUGUACCUGGGACUAAAGUACCAGUUGAUGGAAAGGUAAUAUUUGGUCAUUCAUCUUGUGAUGAAAGUCUUAUAACAGGGGAAUCUAUGCCGGUACCGAAAAAAGUUGGAUCCGUAGUAAUUGGUGGUUCUAUCAAUCAAAACGGUGCUUUACUUAUGGUAGCUACUCAUACUGGGGAAAAUACAACCUUAGCACAAAUUGUAAGACUGGUCGAGGAAGCACAAACUUCUAAGGCACCCAUUCAACAACUCGCAGAUAAGAUUGCCGGCUACUUCGUUCCUUUUGUUGUUUUCGUCUCGGUAGUGACACUAAUUGGGUGGGUGAUAAGUGGUUAUAUAGAUCUUGAUCAUUUACCGAUUACACCAGAAAGUAAAAUUGGUCUAAAUAGAGAAGAAAUUAUUUUUGGAUAUGCGUUUAGGUGUGCAUUAAGUGUGCUUGCUAUUGCUUGUCCGUGUGCGUUAGGUCUAGCUACGCCGACUGCUGUUAUGGUAGCAACUGGAGUUGGUGCGCAACAUGGUGUUUUAGUAAAGGGAGCUGGACCUUUAGAAAAUGCUCAUAAGGUUAAAACCAUUGUUUUCGAUAAAACUGGUACUAUUACUCAUGGUAUGCCAAUGACUUCCAGGAUUUGCAUGUUUGUUAAACCAAAAGUUUGUUCUUUGGUAAGAAUAUUAACUGUUUUGGGGGCUGCAGAGAGUAAUAGUGAACACCCUAUUGCAACAGCUAUUGUUAAAUUCGUGAAAGAAAUGACCGAAGUGGAACAAUUUGGAAAGGCAUCGAAUUUUCAAGCUGUACCUGGGUGUGGAAUCAAAUGCAAUGUUUCAAAUUAUGAAAAUGCAUUACGACAAGGAAGAAGCUCUGAAAAAGUGAUCAAUUUUGAAAAUUUAAUUCGAACGGGAAACAAUUCAAUACAUUUUGUGAAUGGAGCUGCAAUUGAAGAAAUUGUCCCUGCACUUACUCAAUCUCAAAAAAAUACUUUGGAACUUCAACAGCUUUUACAAUUGGACGAAAACGAAAGCAAUAAUAUUCAGUCUGAAGAUGAUGACGUGGAAGAACUUGCUGAUGUAAAUGAAUAUUCCGUACUUAUUGGUAAUAGAGAAUGGAUGCAUCGAAAUGGAAUAUUGGUACCGCCAGAAAUUCAUAUUAAAAUGGUUGAUGAAGAACAAAUGGGACAUACGGCUGUUUUAUGUGCUUUGAAUAACCAACUUGUUUCCAUGAUCUCAGUAUCAGAUAUGGUAAAGCCUGAAGCACAUUUGGCAAUAUACACCCUGAAAAAAAUGGGUGUUGAAGUCAUUUUAUUGACUGGUGAUAAUAAAAAUACAGCUGCAAGUAUAGCUAGACAAGUAGGAAUAAAUAGAGUAUUUGCUGAAGUGCUUCCAUCACAUAAAGUUGCUAAAAUUCAAAGAAUUCAAGAAGGGGGUGUAAGAGUGGCAAUGGUUGGUGAUGGUAUCAAUGAUAGUCCGGCACUCGCUCAAGCAGAUGUUGGUAUAGCAAUCGCUGCUGGAACAGAUGUAGCAGCAGAGGCUGCAGAUGUGGUAUUAAUGAGGAAUGAUCUUCUGGAUGUUGUUGCUUGUUUAGAUUUGUCACGUCGAACUGUUAGAAGAAUUCGUUUGAAUUUCCUAUUCGCUAGCAUGUACAAUCUUAUUGGCAUUCCAAUUGCAGCAGGAAUAUUUAGUCCAUUUGGAUUUACGUUACAACCAUGGAUGGCUUCAGCGGCAAUGGCGGCAAGUUCGGUUUCCGUUGUAUGCUCCUCGCUAUUGAUAAAAUUAUAUAAGAAACCAACCGAAGUUUCGUUACGCACUGCCGAAUAUGAAGAAUUAAUUAAACAAAAUUGUGAUCCAGAAACUGUUUCUGUACAUCGUGGUCUAGAAGAUAUCCCAAGACCUAACUUUAGUCGAUCAAGUUCUACACUAUCCAGGAUUUUCAAUCGAACAGCUGGUAUUAUUGAUCCUAAUGAAGCUCGUUUGUUGUCAGCUGCUGAAGGCCUAGAUAACGAUGAAAAUUUUGUUAAAGUUGAAAUUCUCAAGAAGAAAGUUACUUCAAAAGAUGCAACCGAAAUGCAAGUUUUAUAAAUAAAUAUGUAAUUAAAAAAAAAAAAAAAAAAAAAAAAAUUUUAUUAAAAAAUUUAAAAAAAUCAAAAUAAAACAAUUAACCAAUAAAUUAUUAAAUUAUUAAUAUUAUCUUUUAUAUAAAAAUAUAAUCUAAAAUUAAUUAAAAACAGAAUAAUAUUGUAUAUUUUAUAAGAAGUAAAAUUUGACUGUAUAUACAACAAAAUAAGGAAAUUUUAGAAUUUUUUUAAAAAAUUAUUUUUUUAAGUAUUAAAACUAAGCAUAUUUAAAAUGUAAUUAAAUAAUCAAAAUAUUUUAAUAUUAUUAUUAUAUAUACAGGGUGGCUCGUUUCAAAGUGCGCUUCCAUAUAUUAUUUUUAAUAAAAAAGAUUUUUGAGAACCUCUUGACUCGAAACCUCUUGAACUGCUUACAUUGUUUUCAUACAAAAGUUUUGUCUACUCAUGAUAGUUACUCUAUAAUAGUGCACUUUGAUGUGAGAUACCCUAUAUAAAGAAAAAAUAUUUAACCAAUUUCAUACUUACACAUCAACAUCACAUCAAAUUUUUUUUAUUAUGUAAAAAAAAAUUUAAUUAAAAAAAACCUGUUAUUGAUUUAACUUAAUAUUCAUUAUAAAAAUUUCUGAUUCUUAAUUUCCCUUAACAAAUUUUUGAAAAUGUUUUAUAAAUUUAACUAAAGUAACAAGAUAUUUCUGGAGUCAUUAAUUUUUUUCUUCAAAUAAAUUUGGCACUAGGGUUAUAUAAAUUUGGCACUGUUUUAGAGCUUCUUAAGCCACCAACAUUAUCAGCUAUAGUGUAUCUAUCUUUUAAAGUUUUAACUCUGGUUUUAUAAUUUUCGUCAAUGGUAUUAAUUAUUUUACUUAUUUUUGUUCCUGUCAAUAGGAAUAUAAGUAGCAUUUUAUAUAAAUCACCACUAAAUUCACCAUUUCCUAAUUUCAUCAUUAAAACCUGAAACUCCAAAGGGUUAAAGCCUAUAUAAACAUAUUAAUCCAUUUAUAAUUUAAUUUGGUUUUGAAUAUUUGGAGAUUUUAAUUGCUUUAAAGUAUCUUCAAUUAAUUUUUUGUGACUUGCUCCAAAGACUAAUAAAGUAGUUGAUAAAUAUUUCAAGUUACAAAUAUUUCAAUUUUUUUUAUUAUGACUUAUAAAAAAUAUCAAAGUAUAAUGUAAAUUUAUCUAAACAAAAUUAAUUAUUUUUGAGCUGUUUACGCCAACGUUUUUAUUUACAAAAGUAAAUAUUUGUCAUUGAAAUAAAAUGUUACAAAAAUAAUUUUAGUCUUGACAACCUGUCACUUAUACUCAUAAAUUCACUCAUCGUAAGGGGGAUUGUCCAACAAAAGAACAGAAGCCCUAUUGUAAACUUUUUGCUGCACCUAGAGUCAGAACGCUAUUGAAAGAAGUAUUUUUUUUAAAAUUUAAAAUUAAAAAUGAUUGGUGCUAUAGGGUCCUGGCUAGUAACUUUAAAAAGUAAUCAUUAAAUGUUUAACGCUCUACUAAAUAUUUUACAAUAUAACUUUUAUGUAGACGAAAGAAAGUCAAAUAUAAAAAGAUUUAAAAGGUCUACCCUUGUCUUAGCCACAAAUAUUUAUGUUAUUUCGUUUUUUGACAUUGUGUUCAACUCUAAGCUUUCGCUUUAUUUAAAGCAAAAGCAUUAUGCAUGUGUGUAGUUCUAAAUUGAAACGUGUGUUUCCUAAUUUGAAAAAUUUGUUGAAAACAAUUAGGAAAUAUUUUUUUAAUAAUCACUAAAGUACUUACACUAUCCUAAUUUUUAAAUCGAUAAAACUUGACAUAACCAGUUACAACUAAUUUUUGUUCCUCCCCACUUUUUUUCCUUUAUUAAGUAUAAGUUUUAGUUUUAAUUUAAUUGAGAUAUUAAGAAAAAUGAAUAUUUAAUAAAUUUUACUUUGUAAAUCAAAAAAUUUUAUAAUGCAUCAUAUACUUAAAAACUUCAUAAUGUACUUGUAUUAAGCA